UUUCCUCCUCACUACCCCUCUCCUAAUGCCAUUAAUUUUCCUCUGCUUUAUAAGCUCCCUGCACUUCCAUUCCAUUUACAGAAUUAUAAUCCAUUCUUCCUUUACAAGCAGUGCUUGAAUUCCAGGCUUAGUUUUAUUUUUCUUUCCUUGGUUCGGAGGUAUUCAAGAAUGGUUCGUUUCAGCAAUAACAUCAUUGGAUUACUUAAUUUUGCGACAUUUGUGCUGUCCAUCCCGGUAUUGGGCGGAGGAAUAUGGCUCGCAACAAAGGCAGACAGUGAUUGCGAGAAGUUUCUUCAAUGGCCUGUCAUCGCCAUUGGAGCCUUUCUUAUGAUCGUCUCUCUCGCCGGUCUGGUGGGUGCCUGUUGCAGAGUCACAUGGCUGCUCUGGUUUUACUCUGCUGUCAUGUUUAUUCUCAUUGUGCUCUUGUUCUGCUUCACUGUCUUCGCCUUCGUAGUCACCAACAAGGGCGCCGGGGAGACAGUUUCAGGAAAAGGAUACAAAGAAUACAGGCUGGGGGACUACUCAAACUGGUUGCAGAAGAGAGUGGAGAAGAGCAGCAACUGGAACAAAAUCAAAAGCUGCCUUCAGGACGCCAAAGUAUGCAAAAGCCUCGCCGAUGAUUCGGUCAACGAAGUUGCAGAGCAGUUCUACAAAAAGAAUUUAUCCCCAAUUCAGUCGGGUUGCUGCAAGCCUCCAACAUCGUGCGGCUUUGUGUAUGUGAACGCCACUAAUUGGACUUCCACGACAACCAACUCAACGGACGUGGACUGUAGCAGAUGGAAUAAUGAACAGGAUCAGCUGUGCUAUAGCUGUAACUCAUGCAAGGCGGGUGUGCUGGCGAACUUGAAGCACGACUGGCGUAAGAUUGCAGUUAUCAAUAUUAUAAUGCUCAUCGCUCUGGUUGUGGUUUAUUCUGUGGGGUGCUGUGCGUUCAGGAAUAAUAGGCGUGAUAAUAGAAAUGGAUAUAAGGGUGGAUAUGCUUGAGCUUCAGCGUCAGGGCAAAUCGUUGUACUAUAAAUUGUUUUUACUUUAUUUUUUCCUUUCUUCAGUUUCUCUGCUGUUUUCGCAGAGGGACAGGCAUUCAUUCUAUUCGGAGCCAUGCUCCAUAUUCAUGUUGGGUGUGCAGCUUUCCAGUUGCACAUAUGGCUUUGUAUUAAUAAUAUUUUAAUUUCGGGAGACUUAUUCUCUUCUACUUAAACCU